CUUGUGGUAGCGCUGUUGGAGUCUGAUGUCGAAGUGUGUGCUGCAAAUAAAUUGAAAAUAAUUUGUUUCAAAAAUGCCCCAACCGAUGGAAACUAGCCAAAAGCCGGAGGACAAGUUCGAUCCCGCGUCGCUGAACGAUCUGCUCCCGUUGUACUACAGGCGUUUGUUCCCGCACCUACAGUUUUACCGCUGGAUGUCGUACGGGUUGUCGGAACCGUCCGUGUUCACAAACCGUGAGUUUUCGUUCACCCUGCAAGACGACAUCUACAUCCGGUAUCAGUCGUUCGAGAACCAAUCGGAACUGGAGAAGGAAAUAUGCGCCAAGAACCCGUCCAAGAUCGAUAUCGGAGCGGUGUUCAACGUCCGUCCCAAGGAUCACCGGGCCAGUACGGUGAUGAAGCCGGUCCAGCGUGAGCUAGUGUUCGAUAUCGAUAUGACCGAUUACGACGAGAUUCGGACGUGCUGCAGCGAGGCCAAUGUUUGUCCCAAGUGUUGGAAGUUCAUGACCAUUGCGUGCAAGAUAAUCGACGCCGCGUUGAGGGAGGAUUUCGGCUUUGAACAUCUGCUGUGGGUCUUCAGUGGUCGGCGAGGAAUCCAUUGCUGGAUCAGUGACAAAGUAGCGCGCUACUUGGACACCCGUGGACGAGCGGCCGUUGCGGAAUAUUUGAACAUUUUGAUCAGCGGUGGCGAAGGAACGGUCACCAAAGUGAACAUCAACACCGAUCGAAUGCACCACGCCGUCAAGAGGGCUCACCGAAUCAUCGAACCGUAUUUCGAGGAGAUUUGUCUGGUUGACCAGGACAUGUUUGGAACGCCAAACGGCCUGCGGAAACUUUUGGCGAUGGUUCAAGAUGAGGGCGCCCGAAUGGACCUGGACAAAAAACUCAAACCACACGAAGGAGACUCGAAGGCGAUUUGGAAGGCAUUCGUAAACUUUUUUGAAGCCCGUCGUAUCACCGGAAAGAACCGCAAUCGCAAGCUGAGACACGUCGUCGAGGAAGUUCAGCUGGCCCUGACUUACCCUCGGAUCGAUAUAAACGUCAGCAAGGGAUUCAACCAUUUGCUGAAGGCUCCAUUCUGCGUGCACCCGAAAACCGGCAAAGUUUGCAUUCCCUUCAACCCGAACGUGGCGGACAAGUUCGAUCCCACCCAGGUGCCGACCAUCACCGGUCUCCUCAAUGAAAUCAACGCCUUCGACGAGAAGCUCAGCGCGGACGGGGAAACGGAACGGUCGCGCAUUAAGGACUACAAGAAGACCAGCAUGUUCAAGGGGACGGUCAUCUUUGAGGAGUUUUUGCGCAAGCUCGAGCAAACGUUCAAAGGGAAGGCAAUUCUGGCGAGCGAUCGGAAGAUGGAGUUUUAGGGGGAGGGAGAAAGCGGUGGUUAUCUUUAU